AUGAAAGGAAGGUCUGUCGUCAAAACAUUCAAUCAUCGAUGCCUGCUAUGUCUUCGUCAGAGAGCAGCCACCUCUCAGCAACUAAUGGGAAAUCUUCCAGCAAUUCGUUCAAGUCCAAGGAAACCAUUCCUACACACUGAUGUGGAUUAUGCUGGACCUAUCCGCCUUCGUACCACCAAGGGUCGUGGCUAUAAAUCUUAUAAGGGUUAUAUUGCCGUUUUUCUUUGUUGUUCCACCCGUGCUGUACACUUUGUAGUAGAAUCCGACUAUAUAGAAAAUGGCUUUCUAGCAGCCUAUACUCGAUUUGUUUCUCGUCGUGAAAUAAGCAAAAUAUUAUCCAGUGACCAGGGGACCAACUUCAUUGGUGCUCACGUCAACCUUCGAGACAUAUUUUCUUCAGCCUCGAAACAAUCAACAUUUGUUGCUUCAGUGCUUGCUGCUGAUGGCACUGAGUGUAGGUUCAAUCAACCAGGUGUACCUUAUUUUGGCGGACUUUGGGAGGCAGCUGUAAAGUCUUCUAAAUACCACAUUCGACGAGUUCUUUGA